AAGCCGUCCCAUCGACAACAACAACAAGAAGCCUGUGAACACACACAAGGCGCCACGCACUUGACUAAGAACCAACCCUUCGAACCGAAACCGACAACAUGUCUUUUGUCCCAGUUAACCCCCGUCCCUUCCUUCAAGAUCUCGUCAACAGCUUUGUGACGAUUCGCUUGAAGUGGGGAGAGACGGAGUAUGUUGGCCGUCUUGUUAGCAUCGACAGCUACAUGAACAUCCAGCUCAGCGACACAAAGGAAUACAUCAACCGCAAGUUUACGGGCGCCUUGGGGCAGGUUCUGAUCAGGUGUAACAAUGUUCUCUACAUCAAGAAGGCCGACGAGGCGGAAACAAGUGGCGACGUCAAGAUGGAAGAGUGAAGUUCUCUCGCCACCAGGAGGAAAUGAAAGGGUAGUAGCCUAGCGGGCAGGGUGAAGGGCGCGAAUUGCAGAACAGACAGGAGGAAUGUGUGAGGAGGGUCGUGAUGUUCCGAUUAUAAUACCCUGGGAAAAAGAAGAAGAAGAGAUGGAUCUACUUUACC